UAUGACUUUGAUCGAUUUCUGGGGAAAGCCAAUGCUUGCACGUCAUCUGCCGGUAUGCAAGCUCCAGAAAAAUAUGCAAGUGUGUGUUUUUGAGGAUUGAUGAAAAGUUAUCCCUCUCUUUCCUAUUAUUCUUCACGCUGUCUUUCUCGACCAAAUCCCAUUUCUUGAAAUCUACCUCCGGAUAUACGACAUAUCACCUGGAUUUACGAUUGAAAUCCCAGAGCUGUGAUUUAUACACCUUCGGUAGUUCUUAGGGAAAUACUGUGAGCUAUGGCGUCGGAAAGACCCCUCGAGAUCGCUAUUGUUGGUGCAGGUCUGGCGGGAGUUACGCUCGCUCUGGGACUCACGAGGAAUAAUCCGAAUCUCAACCUCACGGUCUUCGAAUCGCGGCGGAAAUUCUCGGAAAUAUCAAAUGGAGUGGGCUGUAAGUUAUUCAAUGUUUUGAUUUCGCUUCAAACAUCUUUUUUCAUUUCAUAGGCAUCUCAUCUGUUUACCCCUCCUUCCUGAGGACAAUAUCAGAGGUAGUAAGCUGCACCAAUUCUCUAGGACAAUUCAUGGUUUUUCUUGUUGAAACGGGCCAAUUGAUCAUUCAUGAAUCUCAAUUGGGGUAAUUGAUCUCGGGGAUCUAGGUUGAUAGCCUAAAUUAAUCAUGAAAGUCAGAAGAAUGGAAUGCUAUCUGUUGCAGCUCGCUCCUUCAAGUCUUCUUAGGAUCCCCUCCUAAUUUCACCUACUGACAAUACAUAACAUCCGUAUCUAUCCUACUUUUAACCAGACAAAACUAUAAACUCAAUGCUAACAUCAACCUCCCAGUCGGUUCCAACGCCGUCCGGGCAAUGUCCCUCAUAACCCCCAAAAUCGUCGGCAUCGAAGGCGUCUACGAAAGCGUCAAAACCCCCAAUCUCGACCCUUUCAAACGAGACAUCUGGUACGACGUCCGCCACGGCGACGGCCCCAAAGCAGGCAACCUCAUCCAAGAAGUCCGCGGCGAAGCAAACUUCGAAUUCUGCAGUCUCAGCCGCGCGAAGUUCCUUGAGGGGAUAGUAGGUCUUCUAGAUCCGCGGGUGAAACUCAACUUCGGAACGCGGAUCAUCGAUAUCGUGGAUGGGAUCGAUGACCACGCGGGAAAAUCACGGCUCAGGUUCGAGGAUGGGACGGAGGCGUAUGCGGAUGCGGUUAUUGGGUGUGAUGGGAUUCGUUCCAAGGUGAGGGAAUUGAUGUUUGGUGAGAAGGCGAAUGCGGUGUAUAGCGGGAAGUAUGCGUAUCGCAAGGUGGUGAGUAUGAAGAAGGCGAUUGCGACGGUGGGACCGCAGAUGCGGAAUCGGCAGAUGUUUGUGGGGAAGGGGGGACAUGUUGUUACGCAGCCGAUUAAGAAUGGGGAUGCGUUGAAUAUUGUGGCGUUUCGGGAUGCGAGGGGGGAGGCGUGGAAGAGGAGGGUUUGGGUGGUUCCUAGUGACAGGGAGGCUAUGCUGAAGGAUUAUGAGGGGUGGGGUGAGGAAGUUGUUAAGAUCCUUGAGGUAUCUCAUCUUUUAACUCCCUUGUAUGCGUAUUACUGACAGUACCUGAUAGCUCAUCGAGUACCCAGAGAAAUGGGGACUUUUCGACACCACUCCCGCAGAAACAUACACCGUCAACAACCUCUGCAUCCUCGGUGACGCUGCACACGCAACGAGUCCUCACCUCGAUUCCGGCGCGGGAUUCGCCAUCGAGGAUGCAUAUCUCCUUUCUGGGCUUUUGAAACCUGAACUCGUUAAAAGGGCUGCGGAUAUCAAGUACGCUUUUAAAGCUUGGGAUGCUAUUCGGAGACCGCGAUGUAACGAGUUGAUAUCGAGAUCUAGAGAACAGGGUUUGUUACUCGAUUUGCAAGCCCAAGACGGUGGAGAAGUUAGCGCGGAGGAUGUGAGGGAGAAGAUUGAGAUACAUCAGAGGUAAGCAAAUCAUUUCAUUUGUCUCCCGACUUUUCUGGCGCUAUUUGAGAUAUGGGAUCAUUGAAAGACUACUGGCCAACUAUUGUAGAUGGGUUUGGAACGUCGACCUAGAAGGCAUGCUCGAGAAAGCAACAGUCUUGUUCCAAAAAGAGAAGGAGGCUGCGGGGUCACUGAAGUGUUAAGUUUUAUGUGAUAUAAACAGGUCUGGGUUUGAGUUACUUUGUUACAAUAGAUUUCUUUGGGCGUUCGGAGACGAAAUAGAAUUUCUUUGCUGGCACGACAUUGACAGCGUAUUAAAUUCGAGUAGUUGAGUUGAGUAGUAG